AUGUUGUCUUUGAAUGAUGCUGCUCAUAAUGCUGAACAAUAUUCAGCCUUUGUCGAACAGCAUAUGAAUGAACGUCGUCAACGUGUUGAACAACUUGAUUCUUUUGUUCGUCAUCGACUUCGUCUUUAUCGAGAAGCACAAGAACAUGUUCAGCGACAAACAACAAAUAAAACUAUUGAAACAGUUGCUUUACCACCUCCACCUACAUCAGGUGACACAGUUAUUGUUUUAUCACAACGAGCUACAACUCCACUUCUCGAAAAAUCAUCAUCAUCAUCAUCGUUUCAUCCAUGUGAAAUGACAAACCGUGUUCGUCAUAGUAAACAACGUUUAGCAUCAAAACAACUUAUUCAAUCAGCUGAGACUUCAUCAACCGAUGAUAUACAACCUGUUGGAACUUGGCUUAAUCCUGCACCAAUAAUAACACCAAGGACAAAUGAACAGCCACGACCUUCAUCAGCAACAACACUUCAGCGAUCCAUGAGUGAAAAUCAUCUUUCAACAUUUGCACUUAAAGCAUUGACUAAUUCAUUAACUAAUGGUUUAACAAAUAUUGAAAAUCGUAAACGUCUUCAAGCAACGCGUGCUUUAUUUAUGACUAUUGAACGACGAAAAGUUAAAGAAAAUUUACUUUUAAAUAAACAAAAUAAAGAAAUGCAACGUCUUGUUGAAUUGAAAGAAGCUGAACGUUUGCAUCAAGAAGAAUCUCUAGCACAAAGACAAGUUUCAACAACUCAUACUGUUUCAGCUAAAUUUGUAGAUCAAUCUGUCGUCGAUGUAAAUAGUGUUGAUCCAAAACAAUUAGCUCAUAUUCGAAAACAACGUAUACAUGAACAAAAACGACGUGAAAUCGAACGGUACAUUAAAAUACUCAGUAUAAGAUUUGAUUCAGAGUACAUUCGAGCAUUGAAAACAACAUUGCGAGAACGUUGUUCAAAACGUGGUAUUAAUGUACCAACAUUAUGUUCAUGUCAUUCAACUAUUUGGGAUGCUGAUCCAAUGGCAUGUUCACAAAAUUGUUCAUUUUAUCGAAAUCCCACAGCAUUUGCAACAUCACUUCAUAGUUUACUCACAUCAUGUCAAGCCACAAAUUAA